AUGGCUUCAGAAGAAUCACCACCACCCAAGACGAUGCUAGUCUUUAGCAACAAGUCACCAGAGGAGGCCGCUAUUUUCGGCCUCCGUGGCAGUGACAUCCAGAACCUCAGAGCUGAGCCAGUCCCUGGCCCGCCCGCUACGCCCGAUGAGUGGGGGUUCACGAGCCCAACGGCAGAUGGGGUCUGCAAAUACUGUCAACUCAUGCUUCAUCCAGAUCCGCCGCAGCUUAUCCAGCAUCAGCCCAAUAUCAUGCACCUGAUUAACUCAGGCGACACGUGCUCGACUUGCAAAUGGCUGGAAGUUAGCCUACAGCGCGGUGCUACCUCAGUGCUAGUUGAAUUUCAGCGAGGCAACCCGGAGCUAUGUGACGAGAACAACUUCUCAAGACCUGUUACCGUGGAGUUGACAAAGCAUGAGAAGUAUAUCAUGGCAGUUGGCUGGGUUGGAGACAGGCAACUUUACACGAAUGGUGGAAUACCUCUAACGAUAUCUUCGCCAUACCGUCUAGGGAGUCUUGCUAGUCGGCGAUUCUGGAUUCCUCACGACGAACUGGAUGAAUCAGAACCUUUUAAGCGACAAGAUACACUGAAGAUGUGGCUGAACGAAUGCGAAAACCACGAACAGUGCAUCAAAUCUCUUCCUAAUACCGAAGAAGCAAAACUUCCAACGCGUGUGUUGGACCUGAGUGGAAGCGUGGACAUUCCAUCGGAUCCCAAAGACAUCAAGAUCAAAUUACGAGAGACAGGGGAGGGAGAAACUGGAACUUACACGGCUCUGAGCUACUGCUGGGGUGCCAACCCAGAUCUCCAUUUCAAAACGACAAGCGAGAAUCUCGAGAAGCACAAAGAAGGAAUCGACUUUUUCGAUUUACCUCUGACACAGAGGGAGACUAUCCUUGCUACGCUUUACCUAGGAAUUCGGUAUCUUUGGAUCGACGGCUUAUGCAUCAUUCAAGACUCUCGUGAAGACUGGGAAGCCGAGUCAGUCAAGAUGGGAUCUGUUUACACGAAUGCACAUCUCACACUCGCAGCUACUUCAUCUGAUACCCCAGAGAUGGGUCUUCUUCUUCCUUUCCAGGGCGCCGAAUGUGUCAAGAUCCACGGAGAGACUGUGAGUGUUCGAAUGGAGACGCAUAGGGAGCUCGAUAGGAUGUCUGAGCCCUUGAACACUAGAGGCUGGACACUUCAAGAGGGCGUGUUGGCGUCGAGAAUUGUCUGCUUUGGCAAGGAGCAGUGGCUCUGGAAAUGUCCUAGUCGCUACGCCACGGAAGAUGGACUGAUCGAUGUCCCGCGGGACUUUGAUGGCGGUCUGAUUCAGUGGGCUGAUAUUGUGCAGCAAGGCCCCGGAGAGGAUGGAAAGAAUUAUUUGCGACAUUGGUAUCGGAUGGUGACAAAUUACUCAAGUCGUGAACUGACUUUCCAAAGCGACAAAUGGAAUGCCAUCGCUGGACUGACAGAAAUGUUCAGAAACUUGACUGGUUAUACCUACCUGGCAGGUCUUUGGGAAGAAGAUCUCGCAAAUGGACUUGUGUGGGAAGCUAAAAUGCUUGGGGUGAUCCGUGAGCCGGGAAGCAUCCCAUCAUGGUCCUGGAUGUCCGUGAAAGGCGGGAUCAAGGGAUACGUACACACGACCCCAAUGACCUCUAUGAUCGAGCUUUUACAGAGUGAUUUGCAAUGGGAAGGAACCCCGCUCGCAUCACCUCUGAAAGUUGCCCGCUUGACAGUCAAAGGAAAGAUCAUUCAGGCAACAUUGGGAGCGCGCUCUGUUACACAGGACUCUCGGCACCACGUUCUUGCAGCCUCGGGGAGUGACGAAAUUUUUGGCGAGGCGUUUCUGGAUAGAAAAAUUCCUGAUGGGGCUGAAAUGCCGACUGUCUCGUGCCUUUUUGUCAUGGAAGUGCCUGAGAAGGAAUAUUUCACAUUGCUUCUCACACCAGCAUCAGGCGGUGAAGAAGACGGCCACGAUAAAGGUAUGACAAGACUUGGUAUUGGCGUUUUCUGGACUCGGUCUAGAUUUUACAGUAACAGGACUGAAGGAGACAUGAUUUUGGACAAGGCUUCAGAGGCCACAGUAGUGCUGGUAUAG